UGUCAGCCGGGGCUGCGGGUCUGUUUUGCUGGCCGCUCGUCGGGGAUACCGCUCGUGUAGGUCUGCAACGUGUAAAUACGCUUUCCACCGUUUUGUGGCAGGGGUGUGCACGAGGUGGUUUGGUCAGGCAAGCGGGGAAGCGGGUUGGUAGAAAGGCGGAAGGGACAGUUCGGCGAGUGCAGUACAGCCAUCAGCGUCGGCAGCAGCGGUAGUACGUCCGCACACAACGCGCUUUCCUUCCACACGCACACGCACACUCUCACUCACACACAGUCCGGUGCCGGGUCGUGUUGCGCGGUCGCUGUGCCCUUGCCCCAGGGUCGCACUUCUUUCCCAUUUCCCAUCGGUGCCACAUUUCGGUAGUUUUGGUUUCCCCCGUGUGGCCACGCGCGUGGUCGACAAGGUAGAAAGUGUGCAGCAGCGAUGACGGCAAAGGAUACGCUCGAGGCUGCCAUCACCGCCCAGGGAGACGUGGUGCGGAAGCUGAAGUCGGCCGCCACGAAGGAUAAGGCGAAGGUGCGAGCGCGAGAGAAAGAGAGUACAAUUGCGUCAGCAGCAGCACGAACGCGAGUGACGAAACGAAAGUGAAAGGAAAAUCAGCAGAAAAGUGUGGCUCGAAAGUGCACUCCCGCCCGCGUUACAAAGCAUAGGGUUCUUGGGAGUGGGGCGGGAAGGGCAUUGCACAAUGCUGGCGAGACAAUUGCUGCUCGGAGCCGGCUGCUCGCUGCGCCGGUUUUCCUCCGCCAGUCGGGGUGCGGUGGUGGCCAGCACGAUGCAGGCAAUACGGGCGGGCGAGGAGGACGUCCGGCAACGGCUCGCUCAGAUCAACGAGGAGGUCCAGAAGCUGCUGGCGCUGAAGGAACAGCUCAAGCAGCUCACCGUCGACGACGAUGGCAGCGGCGAGACAGCAGCAGCAACACCAGCGCCGGGCAAACCAGCGGCGGCCAGUGAACCCGGCAACCGCAACCUGUCGCUGAAAACGCCGAAGGGCACGCGCGACUACGGCCCGGAAGCGAUGGCGCUGCGGCAGCGCGUGCUCGACCAGGUGGUGCGCGUGUUCCGCCGGCACGGCGCGGAAACGAUCGACACGCCCGUGUUCGAGCUGAAGGAGGUGCUGACCGGGAAGUACGGCGAGGACUCGAAGCUGAUCUACGACCUGAAGGACCAGGGCGGCGAGAUACUGGCGCUCCGAUACGACCUGACCGUGCCGUUCGCGCGCUACGUCGGCAUGGGCAACGUGUUCAACAUCAAGCGGUACCACAUCGCGAAGGUGUACCGGCGGGACAAUCCGCAGAUAACGCGCGGCCGGUACCGGGAGUUCUACCAGUGCGACUUCGACAUUGCCGGCACGUACGACCCGAUGCUGCCGGACGCGGAGUGCGUGAAGGUGGUGUGCGAAAUCCUCGCCGAGGUGGGGGUGGGCGACUUUGUGGUGAAGCUGAACCACCGCAAGCUGCUCGACGGCAUCUUCGAGGCGUGCGGCGUGCCGGCGGACAAGUUCCGCACCGCCUGCUCCUCGGUCGACAAGCUGGACAAGACGCCCUGGGAGGAGGUGCGGCGCGAGAUGGUGGAGGAGAAGGGGCUGUCGGAGGAGGCGGUCGGGCGGAUCGGGCAGUUCGUGACGCUGCACGGCGGCACCGAGCUGAUCGAGCGGCUGGCGGCGGACGAGACGCUGCGCGGCAUCAAGGUGGCGAUGGAGGGGCUGGAGGACAUGCGGCUGCUGCUGCAGUACUGCGAGAUAUUCCAGGUGGCGGACCGGGUGUCGUUCGAUCUGAGCCUGGCCCGCGGGCUGGACUACUACACCGGCGUGAUAUACGAGGCGGUCCUGCUCGGGGGCGGUGGCGCAGGAGGCGGCAGCAGCGCGGACGAGGAGAUUACGGUCGGGUCGGUGGCGGGCGGCGGCCGGUACGACAAUCUGGUCGGCAUGUUCAACCCAAAGCGCAAGCAGGUGCCGUGCGUCGGCGUGUCGAUCGGGGUGGAGCGGCUGUUUUCCAUCCUGGAGGCGCGGGCCGGCGGCAAAACGCGCACCAACGAGACGGAGGUGUACGUCGCGUCCGCCCACAAGGGUCUGCACCUGAAGCGGCUCGAAAUACUCAACAAGCUGUGGUCGGCCGGCCUCAAGGCGGAACACUCGUACAAGCUCAACCCGAAGCUGCUGGCCCAGCUGCAGCACUGCGAGGAGUACCAGAUCCCGUACGCGGUCAUACUCGGCGAUGGCGAGCUGUCGCGCGGUGUCGUCAAGCUACGCGAGAUUGCCACCCGCAAGGAGGAAGAGGUCGCCCUAGACACGUUCAUCGAGGAGCUGCGCCGUCGGCUAUUAUCCGCCGCCUAACGUGCGAAGGCAACGAUUGUCCGCGCUUUUUUGUUUCGGUCUACCAACCCAUCCCAACCAAUCAUCCAUCAAUUGUGUUUUGCAAUUAUGCCAGGUCAAAAGAGAGAAGAACUUAACAGCACACGCAAACUUUAAGAGGUGCGCAUAACGUAUCAUUUGUUUCUUAAAAACCACAAACGCGCGCGCUUGUUGUGCAAAAGACAACGUUUUUAUGUUUGAUGCUUUCCAUCUCUCAUUCGAAUCAUUAUUAUGUUUGUUUGUGGUUUACGCGCUACGCAUUUGUGCUUUUCAUGUGCACGUGCCCCGGGCAAGGUGCACUAAAUGAACAUGAAAAAUAAAUUAGUUACACCUAGA